AUGGCUCGACUACCAUACGUUUCGGCCGAUUCGUUCCCAUCGGAGCUGCCGCCGGCGAACAUGCUCCGAAUGUGGGCCCAUUCGACAUCGACCCUGCGUCCGGGACUGGCUCUAGGCACGGCUUGCAUUACGGCGCUGUCACUUUCUCCGUUUCUUCGGGAGACCCUCGCACUGUACUGCUCGAUCAAGUUUGAGUGCGAGUACAUAUGGAAUCGCCAUACCGACGACGCGAGAAACGCGGGCCUCACAGACACACACCUCCAAGCGCUCAAGGAUCGCGACAUUGGCAAUCGUGGCGUAUGGACGGAGGAGCAGGUAUCAUUUCUGACCUUUCUUGGUGAUGUCAUCGACCGGCCUGAGGCAACCAACGCGGCCUUUUCUGAGGCCAGAAAGUGGUUCGAUGAGAGGCAAAUCGUUGAAAUCAUCACCGCACAGGGCUUCUAUUAUAUGUGGGCGCGUGUUGCUACGACCUUGCGCGUUGAGCCAGACACGGGGAUGGAGGGAGACGACCAAAAGGCGAAGCAAUGGGCGAAUACUGCGAAAUGA